AUGUCGGCGAAACCAGCCGGGAAAACGAAACCCUCGUGCAGUGAAGGUGGUGAUCUGCGUGUCCAAACAGAUAAUGGAGAAACAUUCAUCACAGCGACUCAGAGACCUGAUGGAUCAUGGAGAAAAGCAAGAAGAGUGAAAGAGGGGUACAUCCCGCAAGAUGAACAACCCAAGUAUCAGAACAGAAUGCAAUUAGAAGCUUCAAGUGUAAGAAGUUCAGUUCCGGUCGGAAUGAAUCCUCGUGGAGCAGGUGCUGUUCGGAAACCAGUUAGUGCAAUUAAAGCUAACGUCUGCAUCACACCACAAGAUCAUUUCCAGAAGAAGAUUGACUUGACGAAGAAAAAACUCGAAGAUAUUGAGGGUAUGGAAGCAAGAAUCGCCAGUGGAGAACUUGUUCCUCAGCCAAACCAGGUGAAAAAGAUUGAGCGGAAGCAGGAGUAUUUGGAUGAGAUCGAAAAGCUGACACAAGAAAUGGAAAAACUGUAA